GCAGGAGAGUCGGCAAGAUGGUCAAGUCAUACUUGAAAUACGAACACACCAAGUCGUUCGGUGUUGUCGCAUCGAGUACCUCGAACCUCGUAUGGACGUCCAAAGAUCGCAAUGGCACAGGCGCCGGCCAGGUCGUCGUUGCCGCCAAUGAAGAAGUUUUGAGCUGGGACAUCAAAAAGGGAGAGUUGCUGAGCAGGUGGAGAGACGAAAAAUGCACGCUGCCCGUCACUGCUAUUGCGCAAAGCAAAGCCGACAAGGAUGUGUACGCCGUGGGCUACGAAGACGGCAGUAUUCGGCUCUGGGACAGCAAGAUUGCGAUGGUCAUUGUCAACUUCCAGGGCCAUUCUUCUGCCAUCACACAUCUAGCCUUCGAUAAGGCUGGUGUCAGACUGGCCAGUGGAAGCAAAGACACGGAUGUCAUCAUUUGGGAUCUUGUCGCUGAAGUCGGCCAGUACAAACUGAGAGGUCACAAGGAUCAAAUCACCGGUCUUCGAUUUGUUGAGCCUGAGGCGCAGCCCGACGACGACGAGGAUGUGCAAGCUAUGGCCCUGGACAGCGACAACGCCGAAGGCUAUCUUUUGACGACCGGCAAGGACUCCUUGAUUAAGCUUUGGGACCUGUCGUCGCGGCACUGUAUCGAAACGCACAUUGCCCAGUCCAACGGCGAGUGCUGGGCGCUAGGUUUGUCACCAGAUUACAACGGAUGUGUGACUGCUGGAAACGACGGCGAGCUGAAGGUUUGGUUCAUCGACACUGCCGGCCUGGCCUCGAUGAAGGGUCGUGUAGACGCUCCGCAGUCAGUAAAUUUUGUGCAGGACCGCGGAACAUUGUUCCGCCAGAGCAAGGACAGGGCUACCGAAGUCGUUUUCCACCCAAAGCGCGACUACUUUGCGGUUCACGGCUCCGAGAAGUCGACUGAAGUCUGGCGCGUUCGAUCAGAGGCCGAGGUAAAGAAGUCUUUGGCACGCAAGAAGAAGAGGAGAAGAGAGAAGGCCAAGGAUGGAAAGACGGAGGAUGAGGAGAUGGGCGAUGCAGCCGACGCCGCCGAUGAUCUCUCUAGUGCCGAGGCCAGCGAUUACUUUGUCCAGUACGUGAUCGUACGAACUGGCGGCAAGGUCCGCUCGGUCGACUGGGCUGUCGGCAGCGGCAGCAAGUCCAUUCAACUCGUCGUCGGCACCACCAACAACCAGCUGGAGUACUACAGCAUUCCCACUAAAGAUUCUGGCAAGGCGAAGAAGGAGGACACUCCGGAUUACACACGAUCUCUUUCCGUUGAUCUUCCAGGACACAGGACAGAUGUGCGCUCUGUGUCGCUGAGUUCUGACGACAAGAUGCUGGCUUCGGCGUCGAACGGGAGCCUCAAGAUUUGGAAUAUCAAGACACAGACAUGCAUCCGCACCUUCGAGUGCGGCUAUGCGCUGUGCUGUUCUUUCCUUCCAGGAGACAAGGUUGUAGUGGUUGGCACCAAAGGAGGCGAGUUGGAGCUUUUCGAUGUCGCCUCGGCCAGCCUUCUGGACAGCGUCACGGCCCACGAAGGUGCCAUCUGGUCUCUCCAGGUUCAUCCUGACGGCAAGUCCAUGGUGUCUGGCAGCGCAGACAAGACGGCGAAAUUCUGGAACUUCCAGAUUGUUCAGGAGGAGAUCUUGGGCACCACCCGCACAACACCCAAGCUGAAACUUGCCCAGUCGAGGAUACUGAAGGUUGCGGACGAUAUUCUCAGCCUUAAGUUUUCUCCCGACGCGAAGCUUCUGGCUGUUUCACUCCUUGACAGCACGGUGAAGGUCUUCUUUGUCGACAGUCUCAAGCUCAAGCUCUACCUCAACCUUUACGGUCACAAGCUCCCCGUGCUGAGUAUGGACAUCUCCUACGACAGCAAGCUCAUCAUUACUAGUUCUGCCGACAAGAAUAUCAGGAUAUGGGGCCUCGACUUUGGCGAUUGCCACAAGGCACUUUUUGGUCACCAAGACAGUAUCCUGCAAGUUGCCUUUGUCCCUCAUAAUUCAGAUGGCAACGGUCACCACUUCUUCAGCGCCAGCAAGGACCGGUGCAUCAAGUACUGGGACGGCGACAAGUUUGAGCAGAUUCAGAGGCUGGACGGCCACCACGGCGAGGUCUGGGCAAUGGCCGUCAGCCACAGCGGCAGGACCCUCGUCAGCGCAGGACACGACAAGAGCAUCCGCGUGUGGGACGAGACGGACGAGCAGAUCUUCCUCGAGGAAGAGCGCGAGAAGGAGCUGGAGGAGCUUUACGAGAGCACCCUCACGGGCUCGCUCGAACGGGAUCCUGACGCGGAGGAUGCCAACGGCGAGGUCGGCGCGGCGACCAAGCAGACGGUCGAGACGCUCAUGGCCGGUGAGCGCAUCGCCGAGGCCCUUGAGCUGGGCAUGGCGGAUCUCAACCUGCUCAAGGAGUAUGAGCAGGCCAAGUUGACGAAUCCGCAUGCGCAGCCACCACAGCGCAAUGUCAUCUUCGUUGCUCUCGGCAACAUCAGUGCCGAGACGCACGUCAUGUCUGUGCUGCAGCGCAUCAAAGCCUCCGCACUCCAUGACGCGCUUCUUGUGCUGCCCUUCUCCACUGUCCCCAUGCUCUUUACCUUCCUCGACCUAUUCGCGCAGCGUUCCAUGAACAUGCCAUUGACCUGCCGCAUUCUGUUCUUCAUGCUCAAGACGCACCACAGGCAGAUCGUGUCGAGCCGUACGAUGAGGACCAUGCUGGAUGGCAUACGGGCGAACCUGAGGGCGGCACUAAGGAAGCAGAAGAACGAGAUGGGCUACAACAUUGCCGCACUGAAGGUUGUCGGCAUGCAAUUGCAGGCGAAGAGUGUCAAGGAUUAUGUUGACGAGACAUGGGAUGAGGACAACGACAGCAAGGUUGUGCGGAAAAGGGCCCCCAGCAUCACGACACUCAAAGCUCAUCCAAGCUCAUCGUCACCGUAUUCCAGCUCACCACCAAAACGCCAGGACAAGAUGCUGUUCUUCAGCUUCUUCAAAACCCUCAUCGACCAUGAGGUCACCAUCGAGCUCAAGAACGACAUUCAGAUCCGCGGCACGCUCAAGAGCGUCGACCAGUACCUGAACAUCAAGCUCGAGGACAUCUCAGUCGUCGAGGAGCUGAAGUACCCGCACCUGAGUUCCGUCAAGAAUGUCUUCAUUCGUGGCUCAGUUGUGCGCUAUGUUCAUCUUCCUGCUGCGUCUGUAGAUGUGCCGCUGCUGGAGGAUGCGACACGGAGGGAAGCAGCCGCUCAACAGGCCAAGGCGAAAUAGAGGGACGAAACAGAGACCAACUUCCAAAACUACGAUUGCCAGGGUGAAAAGGCUGAGGCUGCAGCGGAGAUCUGGCACUGCACACGCACUUGCCGCGGUCUGCCCUGGCGUCAGACACAGGGAAUCUGCGACCUCUUUGAUCAGGCACCAUAUGAGACUAGGUCGCUUAAAAAGCCAACGGUUUAUGGACUGGCCCUGAUGGUGGCGGAAUUAUCAUGAGUGAUAAGCACGAUUCAGCCUAGAGCUUUUACUUCCAUCCGAUUUGAAGGAUGCGAGAUGCGAGACGGCCACAGGUACACCAAGUACAGAACCCAAUUCAUUCAUAGUUCACAA